CUGUGUUUACAUAUGGCGCUUAGACGAGACAUUCCAGAAAAAGCCAAAGAGUGCGCUGUAUACUUUUAUGUAAAGUUAACACAUUAUUAUUAAAUUAAAGAGGGUACACUUACUCUGAAAAUUAACACUUGCAGAAAUGACGACAUUUUAUGGCAGCAUUAAUUGGUGGGGAUUCAGCCCUGCAUUGGAUUUACAAGAAACCGGUGAGUUGUUCAUAGUUCAUCACUUCAUUCCCAGUUAAUUAAAUUAUGCUAGUUAAACUAAGUUAAGUAGUUUAGUAGUAGUUAGUGAGUUUAAGCUGUGUUAACUUUAAACAGUUUAACUUAUGGUGUUCAGUAAGAUUGCUUAAGACUUUACAGUCUGAAGUAGGGCUACAAAAAGUACGCUUUUAAUAACAUUGACUUUGUCAGACAUUUUUACAGUUAAAUCUUGUUAAUUAAUUAAUCUUAAUGAAUAAAUAAUCCUUCAUGCAGUUGAGUAUAUCGAAAUCAAAUUUACAAAACUACUCAAAUUAAAUUUUCCAAGUCCCAACCCAUUGAUCGUGGUGGGCUUUCCGUGGCAUUAUCGGCUAAAACAGUAACUAAAAAAUGAUGCUUUAAUUUUAAAGUAAUUUAAACCAAUUUUCAAUUAUAAUUUAUAAUAUUGUCUUAAAGUUAAAGUUAAAGUUUGAAUAUUAUCAUAUAAUAAAUCCAUUUGUUUAUACAUAACUCAACAAGAGUGGAGUUUAAAAGCCUCCUCUUUUGAACUCCAAAAUAAAAAACUGAAAUGUAUUACUAUUAUUUUAAUGUUGAGAAUAACAAGAGGUAGCAUUAAGAAGACCGUCCACAUAUUAUGUACCAUACACAAAAGUAUAAUAUUUAUAUAACAGCCUCUGUUGCACCCACACAUUUUUUAACCCCAAUCCCCCUGAGCUUCUUACCCCAACACCCCCCCCCCUUUUUUUUUUCCCCCCUACAAAUAUUUUUUUAUGGUGUAUAAAAUAUGACAUUUUAAUUACAUAAUAUAUAUCUGUUUUAUGUAAAAAUAAUUAUGACAUUAACACCCCCCCCCCCUCAUAUUAUAGGGUUUCAAAAAAUGUGCAAAAAACUUAUAUGUCCAGCACCAGGUAAGGAAGAUAAAUUAAAAAUUUUUAAGGUAAAAUUAUUUUUACAUUUACCCCCCCCCCCCCUCAUAUUAUAGGGUUUCAAGAAAUGUGCAAAAAACUUAUAUGUGCAGCACCAGGUAAGGAAGAUAAAUUAAACAGCUUUUAAAAUUAAAAUAAAACAUUGAUUAUGUUUUUAUGAGUGCUUGAUUACUUUGAUGUAAUCUUGGAGCAUCAAUUCUUUGAAUAGACUUAUUGUAAUCAUAUUGGAAAUAUUUUUAAUCUAGAAAUGAUUUUGAUGUUUUAAGUUAUGGACUAAUAAUAAUGCUUAUUUAUAUGCAUUCUAUGUUUCAGAGGAGCUAAACAUUUUAAUAGUGGGUGCUGGUGACGUACGCCAUAUUCUUAAAACUGUUGCUCAUCGCUAUAGGCACACCAAGAGAAAACUCAGGGUUUGUUUUUUGUUAUGUUCACCAACAUUUUAAAAAGUAAAUAUUGUGUUAACUUAGGUAAAAAAUUCUUAAUUAAAAAAAUAGAUGCAUGAAUUAUAUGAAUUAUUCUUCUUUUAUGUUUUAUUUUGUCUCUAUUCCUUAGUUUUAUGUCAUAGAAACAGCUCUUGAAUUAUAUGCUCGUGAUAUUUUAUUAAUGAUGGUUGCUCUGGAAAAACAACAGAACAUGGGUUUGCAAGGUAUGACUAUGCAAUAUGUAAUAUAUUAAAUUUCUGCUGUGUCUAUUUAAGACAUACUAAAAAGAAAAUUACAAUUAAAAGGAAACCAAAAUAAAAUGGAAAAGCAUACAUAAAUAUGAUUUAAUUUAUUAUUUUAUUUGCAGCUUGAUGUUCUUUUUUUACAGACAAAACAGAACUAUUUUUAGAGCUGUUUGGAAAUACAUUAGUUCGACAGCAAAGUAGUCAGUAUGUUGAGAAUAUGUCUCAUGAAAUUAUAAAGUAAGUUUAAAUAAUGACACAACAUAGUGUUUUUUAUUUACAUUUUGUUUGGUCAAUCACAUAGCUUACAUAAUAAAACCACACUAAAAAGAUUUUUUUGUUGUCUAGAAUGAUCACUGAUUUUGACUACAUGGAGAAAAAACUUCCUUUUUUAGAUCUGAUGCAGCUAAAGGUAAAAGACUAUGUUCUCUGUAUAGUAAAAAUGUUUUACAAAUGUUUUACAAAGCAGAUAUAUAGAUGAAAAAAAUCAACAUCAAACUCUAAGAAAUUGAUUAAAGGACCUAGGAAAUAAGAUAAAAUGUGCUAUAAGAAAUAGAAAUACAAAUUAUGAUAAUGUAGCAAUUGACAUAUUUAUUUUUUAGAACUAAAUAGAUUUGAGAUAUGUUGGUAUGGAUAAAUAAUUAAUAUAAUGUAAGCUUACAAAAUGAAAUGAAUGCUUAAAUUGAUUUUUAUUUCAGUAUAAGGAAAGAGAUUUUUUAGAGGGAAUUUUGAAGUUUUGGAGAAAUAAAGAGAAGCAACUGCCCUUUGACAUUGCUAAGUGCUGGUAAGUUCAGAUAUACAUUUUAUGUAAAUUAAUGUCCCAGAAAACGAUAAAACCAUAAAUAUGUACUUUGCUGUACCUUUUUUUUUCAAAUAUAAGAGUAAUAACAUUACAUAAACUAUUUCAUCUAUUUUUCCAGGGAUCUGAGACUUAGGCAACUUUUAGGAGUUCGCUAUGACAGUAGACUUAAUGUUUUUGACUGGGAUUACAAUAUGGAGCUCAUUGAAAGAGGGGUAUUCCUCAUUUUAUUAAAAAAAAUAUUGAUUUUUUGUAUUCAAUAAAAAGAUGCAAUAUUUAUUUUGUAUAGUAUAAUUUAAACAAGAGAUUUUUAAACCUAUCUAUUGAAACUAGUGUUUCUAAACCUUUUUUGUCUCUCAGCACCUAAGUGGGUUUAAUUUACCCCUGUCAGUCUAACGUUGCCACCUUCCCCUCCUUUUGAAACGUAAAUAUGUUUCCCCCAAAGACUAAAUGUCCAACUAUAAUCUUUAAAUUGCCCAACUGGGGGACAUAAGCCCUAUAUUGAGGAACUGUGCAAGAAAUUAUUUCAAAUUUAUUUUACCUAAAAUAUAUUAAUAAAUGCAAUGAUAGAUUUUUAUCUUCACAUUUUUUUUUCUGAUACAACUUAGGGCUCAAUAAUUUAUAUUCGACAAUACAAAAAUUGGAGAAAUGAUGGUGUUGCAUUCAAAAUCAGAGAAGGGACUUAUGAUGUGCCUAAUAGAACCCUUGCCUCAGGAAUGGUUUUUAAAUUGGUGAGUUACACACUUUCAAAAGGGACUAAUUGUUGGUAUAUUAAAUUAAAUUAAAAAAAUUGUAUAACUAUCAAGUAUUUGCAGUAUUCAUAAACAUACAUUGAACAUUGCAUCUUGUAUUAUAUAAUUAAAUAUUUAUUCAUUUACUCUGUAACUCCAAACCGAAUUAAAGAAAUAGAAUGAAAUUACUUUUCAAAGAUUUGAUCCAAAUUGUAACUUUUGAAACGUCAUAAGUACCUUUGCAUUUUGUCAUGCUAUUCUUGAAAGUGAUAAAUUACAAAUUUUUUUUAAGGAUGGAGAAAGAUAUCCUCGUCGAGGUUACUGGGGAGAUAUGUUAGUCUCUCCUUAUAUAACUUUUGGAAUUGAAACUGAGGACAAAUCCUUUUACAAGAAACAAAAUAACACACAUACAAAGGUAGGAUUAACACAUUCGGCGUUUUUAAACAUACUGGUAUUUAUAAUAGGUUUUUCAACUUCCAUUGAUAUUCAUCUUAAAAAGUAUUUUAAAAAUGUCUAUUCCAAUGAUCUCAACUAUUCAAUAACAUAUCCACAGACAGCCGAAGAUGUGUCAGAAUUUAAUAUUAUCUCCUUGUUGUAUGAAAUUGCUAAUGGUGAAAGAUACCAACCACCUAAAGCUGAAUUACCUAAAGAAGUGCCUGAAAUCGUUUCUUCCAAACUGCAAGGUAAGAAAAACAUAAGACUAUGCUGUGCAUGAUUUGCCACUUAUGGCAUUUGCAAUAAACUAUUUACAGUAAACUUUGAUCUACCACCAUCCACAUUGAUGGUGCUCAAUAUUAACAAUGAAUGUAUUACAAUUUCUACAUUUUUAAAACUAUAUUUAGUACGCAAAUGGUAUAUUUGAAUUCUGUGUAUUUUUUGAGGUCAUCUUUAUUGAAAAUUUCAAUGAAAUAUUUUGGUAGAAAGUUGGAAUUAAGGAACAGCAAUUCAAUAAUUUUAACCAGGUUCUUUAAAGAAAAUAUGAACUCCCCUGCCAUACAGGAAAAAAAAUGGAAAAAAAAAUGCAACUUUCAUAUUUUAUUCAGAGAUCAAUGAAGAAGAUGCAGAGGAAGAUAAAAAUGAGGAAAUGGAACAACAAGAAAACAAAACAGAUCCUACAAAGGGAAAAAGCUCAGACCUUACUGAAAGUGAGAAUGACAAAGAUGGUUUAGGAGCAAAUGGAAACAACUCAAAUGAAAAUAAUGACAAGACUGACUAUGGUAAUUUUAUCAGGAUUCCAUUGAAACUAAGAAUAAGAUGAUAAAAUGUUUCCACUCAAUCCUUAUUUUAUAAACUAUGUUCAUCAUUGCUAUUUCAAAAGUUAUUAAGUUGCUUUAUUUUAUUAGAAGCAAAUGUUGAAAACUAACUGCUUUCUUUAAAUUACAUGUAUUUUUGUUCAGGAUCAUGUACUGUUACCUAAAAAAAGCUGGAUUCUUCAUUAAUUUAAAAAAAGAGAUAUUAUAGCCGUUGCAUUUUGUUCAUUUUAAUAAUUUUCUAUUUAGCAAAAAAAUAUAUAAAGCAAUUUUCUGUGAUUUUCUUUAGUAUUUUUAAAAUACAGAGAUUUAAAAAAAAUGAUAGUGCACAAUUAAUGAACACAAAUUAUAUGUUUCAUUAGUACUUAUUUGAAAAAUUUCAUAAAAUUUUAAUUAUUAUGAUGGGCAAACCUAUUAAACCUACCUAGAUGUUAAAAAUUAAAUUUUGUAAAUGUAAUGGCAAUAUACAGUAUUUAUCAGCGUAUAACAUGCACUUUUUCCCCCUGAAAAUAGGGGGCAAAUGAUGUGUACCCAUAGUACAUACCACAUAGCGGCGCGAAUGCUGCGUGUUAUAUGCCUGUUAUACGCCGAUAAAUACGGUAUUUUUAAAAACAAAUUUUUUUGCUUUAAAACUAAAUUUACAACAUGUAUAUGUUUUCAUCUUAUUUAAAAAAGAAAUACCAUAUGAUUAUAUAUUUUUAAUUGUAGAUUGGCUCCCUUUAGAUGAUAUCAAGAUUAUAUUCCUUCCCUUGGCUUCUGUUGAGGAACUAGUAAAGAAAAACAAGUACAGCAGGCUAUUCAAUAUUGUAUAUUUUUCCAAUAGGUAAAAAAAAUUAAAUAGUACCUUAUUGUUUUAUAUUAGUUUAAACAUUUGGUAAAUUCACUUUUCUGACAUUUAUUUAUACAAGUUGAAUGUUAUCAUGCAUGUGCUCAUAAUUUUAAAAAAAUAACUUUUAGUGAUUAAAGACUGGAUAUUUAACAAUAACAUGGAAAUUACAUUUAAUUAACUAGUCAAAUGACUUGAUGCUGUUGAGAAAUGGUGGUUUUUCACAGUACCCUGUAGCAUUAAUACUAGUAUAUGUUAGCCUUGUUUUAGCAUACCUUUACCAGUUCGCUUUAUUCUCCUUGAGUAUUUCAGAUAAAUUUUUAACCAUCAAUAAAAAGAACCUUAUUUAAACAUUUCUGUAAUUUUCUCUUAAUAAUAAUUUUACCAUCUUAAGUCCUAACCCUUGCCGUUACUUCCAUUUUAUUUUUAUUUCCAGCUCAGUUCAUCAUUUAAAACCUGAAAUUUCUCAACUUUUUGCUGAUAAUUGUUCUGUUAUCUUAGAGACAGCAUUGUAAGUUGACUUUCAACUGUAAUUAUUUUGUUAGUAGGAAGCAGAUGCAAAUAAAAGUGACUCCACUGAUAUGUACACUUUUAUUUUAAAAAUCCAUACUUCUAUGCAAAUGCAUUUUUUAAAUGUUCUUCUUUCUUUUAUAUUUAGAUACAUACUUUAUAAUAUUCUGUCUAUAAAUCAAAGCUCAGGUUCUUUCUCCUACUCUUCCCCAUCCUCAAUGAAAACUGACUGAUUAAAAAAAAUCAGAAAUGUGUUAGUAUUUGCAAAGAUUUAAAUAAGUCCUUUUAUAUUUGAAACAUCAACAACAAAAAAUGGUGCAUCCGAAUAUGAUAGGAAAAAUUAACUGAAUUUAUUUUAAAUAGUCAUACUAAUAGCUAAUUAUUAAUUUUUAUUUUAUAUCUGUUAGUAUCAUAGUAUUUAUAAGUUGUCUUGUGCAUUUAUAUAUCACUGACUUAUUCUAGUUAGUUAUUGUUAAAAAUUAAACUUAUCUCCUCUCUUGGAUUCAGAUUUAUGCUAGACAUAAAGAAAGACAAUGUGAAAGAAUUUGUUAAAAAGAUUUCAGGUUUUGCAUCAGCUGCUGGCUGUAAGGUCUGUACUAAAUUUAAUUUUUUGAAAAAGUAAAUUGACAAAAGCUAUUUCAUAUUUAAUUAUUCCUUUUCUCUUACUCUUGGAGUCUCAGGCAAAAAUAAAGAUUUGUUUUUAAAAAUUCAAACUGCUGGUAUUCCCAAAGGAGCAGUAGCUAAAAAUAUUGAAAGAAGAUUCUUCCUCUUACUAAUUUCUUAUGUGUUUAACAUUUUUCCAAAGUUGAAUUUAAUGAAUUAUGAAAAGACCAGAAAUAUUUGGAAUUUUUUUUACCAACCUUUCAGUUGUUAAUUAAAGGAAAUGAGUGAAAAGAAAAUAUAAGAAAACUGAAACAAAAAAAUGCAACAAACAAUGAAUGUGUCUGCAAGAAGCUGUCAUCAGAAAACAAAUAACAGUAAAAACAGAAUUAAAUAAAAAUAACACAUAGCUGUAAUUUAGUAUCCGAGAGGAAAGCAAGAGAAAUCUGAAAGAACAUAAGUAGAUAAAAGAAUAAAUAAAGGCAAAAAGGGACACAAGAGAGAAAAAGUAAGUCCACUGUGGUUGGUUGUAAUGAGGAGGGAGCGGAGAAAAGGUUUAACAGGUGAAUGAGAACAUUACAUUCAUGCCAUGUGGUGUCAAGGUUCCAUAAGUCUGGAUCAGCUAGUUUUCCAAAUUCACUCAGUUUGGUGUUUUUGUAAGGACACUAUUGCGCUUAUAGUAAAAUCCUCAGAAACCUUGUGGUCGCUUCUAUUGAAGUGUUUAGAGGAAGGGACCCUGCUUAUCUUGCCAAAUAUUACGGCAUAUGUCUCACCUAUAUACGACAUCUGGUCGCGGGUGUUAACCGUCCCUAUCUGAAAACUGCCCUAAGGGAAGUGAAUGUAUUGAGCCUGGAUGAGGAAAGGGCAAGUGUUGCAAUGGCUGCAUCCACAUGGCUUGGUCCCAAGUUGGAAGGGGGCAGCAUUGAGGCGACUUCACACAAGGAGGCCACACUGAUAUUUAUGGCGCCUGAAAACAAUGAGAGGCAGGGAAAGAAAAUGUCUUGAGUUUCAGGGUUGGCGAAGAGAAUGGCAUGGUUUUAAAGGAAAACAUGUUUGGCUAUGAGAUUGUGAGGAUGGUAUGUGAAAAUUAUUUUGCUCCUGUCAUUGUCACUAGGACAUGGCCUAAAGGCAUCAGCACAGGUAAUAUUUUUAACCCUUUGAAGGGCUGAUGAAAGUACUGUCUCUGGGUAGGACCUGAUGAAAGUACUGUCUCUGGGUAGGACCAGAUGAAAGUACUGUCUCUGGGUAGGACCUAAUGAAAGUACUGUCUCUGGGUAGGACAUGAUGAAAGUACUGUCUCUGGUUAGGACCUGAUAAAAGUACUGUCUCCGGGUGGGACAUGAUGAAAGUUCUGUCUCCAGGUAGGACCUGAUGAAAGUACUGUCUCUGGGUAGGACCUACAUCGGAAAUAGUCGAUCAUCUCAAAGUCGACGAAGACAAAGUAAUUGAGAAAAGGGAACUGAGCCUUUACAGGAUUUUGGGUGCUAAGAAGAGCAGAGGCGGAGGUGAUUGGCUGUCUUUGUGAAGGAUGACCGUUAUGUCCAAAAUGUUAACUGAGGUCUCAGAGACCAGCGAUGCGAAUUUAAAGGAGAGGUGAAAAGAGCCAACAACAAAGUUAAUGAAUAGGUCAAGUUCACUAUUCACCAUAGUGGUGACCCCUACCCAAUCAUCAAUGUACCUUUUGAAGAAUUCAGGGAGGUGUCCAGUGCAGCUGCUUUCUACCAUGUGUUUGAAAUGUCCCUGAACAAACAUGGGCAGCUGGGUCCCAUUUUAGUCCCUAUAGCAACACCACUGGUUUGGUCAAAGAAUUGGCCACUAAACUCAAAAAAAUUGAGGGUGAGAAGAAUUUCAGCUAGUUGGAUGAGGGUGUUGUUAGGUAUAGAUGGAUGGGGUUUACUCUCAAGAAAGAAUCUUGAAGUAUGUAGAGAACAUACAUCAAGCAGAAAUAGAUGAUGUUUCUUUUCAGGAGGGAUGAUGAUGGAUUCAAAUGUUUUUAAAACACCUUUGUCAGCGGGUUUGAUGAUAGUAUCUUUCUGGCUAUGCAGCUUAGAGAGUGCCUUCGAUUCUCUUUUUUGAAAGAGUGGAGGCAAAGGGAGGUUCUUGUGGUCAUGUUCCGUGCUACUGAAGAACCGGUCUAAAGCCUUGGAUUGGUUAGAUAGUGGUGUCCAAUUAGAUUUCAGUUCUCUAUGAACGGGAAUAACUCAUCAUCAAGGAGGGUGUUCUUUUUCCCAGCAAAGUGAAACUGAAAGUCCCAAGGAACGAAAGAAGCGGUGGGAAUCAAAAGUAGUUAGUAGCGAUCACAAGUUAGUUUGAGGAGGAAAAAGAGACCUUUAGAGAGAAGCCAUCUUUCGUCAUCAGAGAGUGUGAGGUCAGCGCAGAUGCAUGCGACCAAUUUGUUACUGGUGACUGUUUGAUGUGGUGUUAAUCUAUUGGUGGUCUUAAGGUUGUAGAGUUUUUUCUUUUUGCUAGUAGAAAGGAAGCGAAUAAUUCACAGUUGAGUUGGUAGACAAUAGUUCUAAUAAGAUCAUAGGAUAAGCGGUUAUUGGAGGUCUUAUAGAGAAUGUGAUCUUCAAGUAGGUGAAUGGUGGCACUGAGAUUGGUGAUGAGAUGUUUACGACCGUUUACAAAAAAUAUGCAUACGUUGAACUGAUAUUUUCUUCUCAAGUGAUUGAACUUUGACCUGGUCGUCCGAGUUAAGAGAGCCAGCCGUCGGGUUAUAAUAUGGAGGCGUAUGCAAUUAUGAAGAAAGUUUAGAUGUAAAUUAUAUCUGGUUUUCUUAAACCGUAGUUUAAGAUAGUUUCAGUAUGAAAUCAUAACUCAGCAUGAAAUCAUAACUCAGCAUGAAAUCAUAACUCAUAUCUUUAAAAUGGGCAGCUUCUUCUUCAGUGAAAAAUAAAAUGAGUUAAACAGAGUAGGGUUAAACGUGAAACCCUACUCUGUUUUACUCAUUUUAUUUUGUACUAACCUGAUUGCAGUCUCUCCCCUUAUUACCCCUUCUUCUCCAGUGCCUUUUCAACUCCUUUUCAACUAACAAUACCGGCAUCUUUUCAAACCUUCACUUCUGUUGGAAUCUCUUUCCAAAACCGUUCAGAUCAUAAACACGUCCUUGUCUUCCUCGCUAAGAAAAGUCUUUUAGGCUAAAUUCACUUUGAUGUUAUUUAGGGCGUUUGAAAAGCUUUUUUGCUGAACAUGUUAUUAAAAUUAUAAAUAAUCAGGGAAUUCAAUGCAUAGAUAUCCAUUAGUGGACUUCAAUGCAUAGAUAUCCAUUAGUGGACUUUUUCUUUGGAUGAAAUAGACCUUAUUACCUGCCUUAUGACACGACAAUUCAAAAUCACAUUGCCUUGUCAAAAGCAAUAAACAUGAUAAAACCUAACUUUUUAGGAUUAAACAUUAUCAGUUAACAAUAUUCUGAAUUGUCCUAUAUUUGUGAAGUUUGACAUUGUUCCAACUUUUUUUCAUUGCAAUCUUUAAUUUUUCCAUAUUUCAUUUUCACACACCUAAAAAAAAUCAACAACCCCAAACCGUUUAACUAUUCACAGCCUCUGGAAACAUGGAAUGACCUUCAGGAUUCUUACAUCAAGUUUUAUUAUGAAAGAUAAAACAAACUGUCUACACUACGUGUUUGAAGUCUGCUGUUAAGCUUUGUGAUAUACAAGAUAUAGUCACAAUGUGUGAAGUAUGAAUGGUGUCCUCAUUUAAAUAAGAUGUCCCAUUCAAACAGUAUUUAUUAUUUGUAAUGGGUAUCUUACAAAAGAAGUUACAGUUUUUAAAUUAUGACAAUGUUAUUACACUACUUGACUUUGCAUUUGAUUUCUGCAAUACUAGAGAUCCAUAAUCAAUGAACACAAGAAUUUUUAAAUUAAAAUUCCUCAAAU